AUUUUCUUUCCUUGGCCCUUAAUUCCUGGUUUGCCCAGCACCUGGGUGCAGCCCACAGCCCUGGGGGUCAGCGUGUUCCAUUAUUCAAAAUCACUGCCGACGGUCGUCUUCACGCUGCGGGGGUAGCAGCAAGCUGGACACAGGCUGCCUCUGUUGAGUGCAAAACUGGUGAAGGAGCCACAGAAGGACAAAGUUCAGCUCUGAUACCUGAGCCAUGAGGAUCUGGUGGCUGCUGCUUGUCACUGGAAUCUGCACAGGGAAGGUGAACUCACAGGACACGUGCAGGCAGGGGCACCCUGGCAUCCCGGGGAAUCCCGGUCACAACGGCUUGCCUGGAAGAGAUGGACGAGAUGGAGCAAAGGGUGACAAAGGGGACGCAGGAGAACCAGGACGUCCUGGUGGUCCAGGGAAGGAUGGGGUGAAUGGAGAGAAAGGAGAACGAGGAGCAGAUGGAAAAGUUGAAGCAAAAGGUGUCAAAGGUGAUCAAGGCUCAAGAGGAUCCCCAGGGAAACACGGGCCAAAGGGAUUCGUUGGGCCCAUGGGAGAGAAAGGCCUCAGAGGAGAGACUGGCCCUCAAGGGCAAAAGGGGGAUAAAGGUGAUGUGGGUCCCACUGGUCCAGAAGGGCUCAAGGGCAACACAGGACUGUCAGGCCCACCCGGCCUCCCUGGCCCCAUAGGCCCCAUUGGAAAGCCUGGUCCCAAGGGAGAUGCUGGACCCUUGGGGCCCCAGGGUGAGCCAGGAGUCCGGGGAAUGAGAGGCUGGAAGGGGGAUCGAGGAGAAAAAGGGAAAAUUGGUGAGACUCCAGUCUUGCCAAAAAGUGCUUUCACUGUGGGGCUCACAGUGCUGAGCAAGUUUCCUUCUUCAGAUGUACCCAUUAAAUUUGACAAGAUCCUGUAUAACGAAUUCAACCAUUUUGACAUAGCCACGGGGAAAUUCACUUGCCACAUUGCUGGGGUCUAUUACUUCACCUACCACGUCACUGUUUUCUCCAGGAACGUUCAGGUAUCUUUGGUCAAAAAUGGAGUAAAAAUAUUGCACACCAAGGAUGGGUACACGAGCUCUGAGGACCAGGCCUCGGGUGGCACCAUCCUGCAGCUGAAGCUUGGGGACGAGGUGUGGGUGCAGGUGACAGGAGGGGAGAGGUUCAAUGGCUUGUUUGCAGACGAGGAUGAUGAUACAACUUUCACAGGCUUCCUUUUGUUCAGCAGCUCAUGA